UUCCGGGUGCUAGCUUGACGGCUACAUGACAGCGUCGGCUUCUCGUCUGCCUCAGCUGAAGAGCAAACCGACGCAGCUGGGUUUGCAAUAAUUACCAUCCUUGAAGCGAAAAUACUGGACUUCACCAUCACUUUAAAUUCGAGAAUAACAUUUUGCAGAGCUAAAUUUAUCCGUUGAAGCCCGUGAAAUAACUGUCAAUUUGUCGUAACCUCCGUAAAUGCGCUAAAGGCACAGAAGCCUAAAAAACACAACAUCAAACCCGGCAAACAAAGAGGUUAUUUUUUCAACGCCACCAUUUUUCCUCCAUAUUCAAUAGUUAUGAGUCAUGUGGCGGUCGAAAAUGCCCACGGUCUAGAGCAGCAGCUCGCUGUCCUAGACCUGAGUGCUCCGGAUGGACAAGGAGGACGAUAUAUUCCUCCACAUUUACGGAACAAAGAUGCAUCCAAGAAUGUAGGAAAUGCGUUUGCUGCUGGACGACAGGGGGCAUACACCAUUGCACCUGCAGCCAACUAUGGAUGGGAUGCAACCCGUAACAACUUUGUGAACGGCUACCAUGACAACCGCAUGGCUGGGAACUCCUUCAACCGCGGCCCGCCUCGAAUGGAGCGGGGACGUGGGGGAGUCGGAGGAGGCGGUUACCGCGGCAACAGGGGUGGUGUCUUCAACCCCAUCAACCCAGCACAGCCUAUGGGUUUUGGUGGGUACGACAAUAAAGACACAGGAGGCUGGAACGCUGCCAAGGACGCUUACAGCAGCUUUGGCAACAGCAGAGGGAAGUCUGCCUUCUUCAACAACAGAGACAACUCCAGCAGAGGAAGGUUUGACCAAGCUGGAUUCGGUGGCAACGGGGGAGGGAACAGCCGCUGGGUGGAGGAGGCCAGAGACGACGGAGACUGGUCCAAACUGCUUCCUCGGAACGAGCGCCUUGAACACGACCUGUUCUCCGCCAGCAACACCGGGAUAAACUUUGAGAAGUACGAUGACAUCCCAGUAGAAGCUACGGGACAGAACUGCCCUCAUCACAUCGAGAGCUUCCAGGAUGUAGACAUGGGCGAGAUCAUCAUGGGCAACGUGGCUCUGAGCCGCUACACCAGACCAACACCUGUUCAGAAAUACGCCAUUCCCAUCGUCAAGUCCAAGAGGGACCUGAUGGCCUGCGCCCAGACGGGCUCUGGAAAAACCGCAGCAUUCCUGCUUCCGAUCCUCAGUCAGAUCUACACAGAUGGACCGGGAGAAGCUCUUAAUGCCACCAAAGCCUCUGGACAGGACAACGGGAAGUACGGGCGCCGUAAGCAGUACCCCAUAGCCCUGGUGCUGGCUCCGACCCGAGAACUGGCUCUGCAGAUUCAUGAUGAGGCCCGGAAGUUUUCCUACCGCUCCAGAGUGCGUCCCUGCGUCGUGUACGGAGGAGCCGACAUCGGCCAGCAGAUCAGAGACCUGGAGAGAGGCUGCCACCUGCUGGUGGCCACGCCCGGCAGGCUGGUGGACAUGAUGGAGAGAGGCAAGAUCGGACUGGACCACUGCAACUACCUGGUCCUGGACGAGGCCGAUCGGAUGUUGGACAUGGGCUUCGAGCCGCAGAUCCGACGGAUCGUGGAGCAGGACACCAUGCCUCACAAGGGCAUCAGGCAAACCUUGAUGUUUAGCGCUACGUUUCCCAAAGAGAUCCAGAUCCUAGCCAGGGAUUUCCUGGAGGACUACAUCUUCCUGGCCGUGGGCCGAGUGGGUUCCACCUCGGAGAACAUCACGCAGAAAGUGGUGUGGGUGGAAGAGAGCGACAAGAGGUCCUUCCUCCUGGAUCUGCUCAGCGCCACCGUCAUCCCCAGCGAGGUACAGGACAGUACUGGAGACAGCAUAGAGAAACCUGGUAAGGACUCGCUGACUCUCGUGUUUGUGGAGACCAAGAAAGGAGCAGAUGCGUUGGAGGACUUCCUGUACCGGGAGGGCUACGCCUGCACCAGUAUCCAUGGUGACCGCUCCCAGAGAGACCGGGAGGAGGCUCUGAGCCAGUUCAGAUCAGGAAAAUGCCCCAUUCUUGUUGCCACAGCGGUUGCAGCUCGAGGUCUUGACAUCUCCAACGUGAAACACGUGAUUAACUUCGACCUGCCCAGUGACAUCGAGGAGUACGUCCACCGUAUCGGACGUACGGGACGUGUUGGGAACCUGGGACUGGCCACGUCGUUCUUCAACGAUAAAAAUGGAAACAUCACUAAAGACCUGCUGGACAUCUUGGUCGAAGCCAAACAGGAAGUGCCCUCGUGGCUGGAGAGUCUGGCCUAUGAACACCAGCACAAGAGUAACAACAGAGGACGCUCCAAGAGGUUCUCUGGUGGUUUUGGAGCUCGUGAUUAUCGUCAGACGGCUGCUGGAGGAAACUCAGGAGGGUUCGGGGGACGUGGAGGACGCAGCCAGGCAGGACAUGGGGGAAACCGCGGCUUUGGUGGAGGUGGUUUUGGCAACUUUUACACCAGCGACGGCUACGGCGGCAACUACUCGCACUCUCAAGUAGACUGGUGGGGCAACUAGGUGUCUUCAUUGGUUCUUCUUUCCUCCUUUAGCUCCUCUCCAUCAUUUCUCUGCUCACUCGCCUACAUCCCAUCUGUCUUGUCACGUCCCUGAAGCCUCCAUGCAUGUUAUUAAACUAUUUAUACUCAUUUAUAUAAACCUCCUAUCUCCAGUCAGUCAUGCCUUUUAUUAGCUUUAGAGUUUUCCUGUGCGUUCAUCUUCUUAGUUCAUAAUCCUGAAAUAGGCCACUUUUAAAGAGGGGAGCUUGAGUUUUAACUGGUUACGUUUCAGCCCUGGACGGCGAUUGGUGUUGGCGUCCAGAUAGCUGCCAUGUUUGGUCUUUGGUGACUUUCCCCCAGAAGAAAAUAACCGAUUAAAGUUCACGGUGUUCUGAGAGCCCGUCGGUGAGGGGGCCGCUGUAGAAAGGGCAGACGUUUGUUUUUACCACUUCAGUUUGAGUUUUCAUUGUGUUUGUCUGCAUUUGUCCCGCUGUAACUUCACUUCAUCCGUGUAUUUAAUGCAUGGCCAUGUUGUAAAUUACCGGCCACAAACUUUUCUAAAAGAUAAAGGAAAACAUAAAAAUAUGCGUAGACGUCAAAUUGUCUGCAGAAAUUCUGACAUUGGAAUAUGCCGAUGACUCCUUUGUUUCUGUGACGGAGACGUGGGCGGAGCCACAACUUUUCCACCCUUUGGAAAACCAAAGUUACUGGGAUCUGCUGGAGACAACGGCAUCGGAAAUGUUUCCCACUAGCACUGAAACCAGAGCUGGUUUAAGACUUGAGUUUAUUUAUGAACCAACAUUAUGGAAUUUCCUUUGUUUCUGUACUGUGCCUUUUAAAAUAAGAACCUUUGUUUCAUCACUAUAAUACAUCACUGGCCAUGAGUAUAGGCCAAGGGUUACCAAAAAGAAUAUAUGUACAUGUAUAAAUCUAUAUCCGAAGUCAUGUGUGGGUCCAAACAUGGAUUUCUUUGCUCCCAUUUGGAAGGAAACAAACUAGGAUUGAACUAAAUCAAACCUUGGCAAAAUCCAAAACUAAAACACUCAAAACUGAUGAGGAGUCGAUUCAGUUCCUGAUCGGGAGAACGGGAUGAGUCCAUUUCCCCAAAUCAUGGAACCACUGAAGCAUUUGUAGGCAUGUGGUUUUAUGGUGUUUGGGGAACGGGUUGGCUCACUCGACCUGCGUCUGCAGCUCCGCGCGGAGCUCGCCGUUUGGUUUCCUCUCAGCCUCCGUCGUCCAGAUCCCUGGUGUGUAGCGGCCCUUCUUGCUGUAAUCCUAACAUCCUGUUCCUGAAUCCGGUCGGAGCGUUAUCGGGGUGUACACUCUUGGUGCCGCCAUGCUGAAGGGAAACCGGAUCUGCUUCCACCACAAACGUUCUCCACCUUGUUUGUAAAAUCUUGUUGGUGGAAACGCGUUUAAAAAGAAAAAGUAGUUGAUCAACUUUCUGCUCACUCUAUCCUGGAGAGUUAAACAAAGAGCCGUAUCUAAAGCAGUUUCUAUUUAGUCCCUGAGAUCGUCGAGGUCUGGGUUUGAAAAACGGGAUAACUGAUGGUUGGGGCUUUCCACGGGUGUGAUGCCACAUAUUCAGAGCACAUCUUAGCCGUUUACUGUGAUCAAGCACAAACUGGUUCCUUAGCCCUUUUCUCUCACAAGCCAAAGUUCUUCGUAAGGUUUAGAGCAGUCUCUGUUUCGUUGUACCAAUCUUGAUUUUCACCGCUUUUCAGGGCCGUCUCAUUACAGCCGCUCUUACAUUAAAUCAUUAAGCAUUAGCUUUUUCUCUCUUUUUGCUCGUUCCGUUAAACUUCAGCCCAGUUUGGGGUGUCUAAAAGCAGCUAAACUGUGCUGAUGGAAACGUGGCAUAACACCGGCCUGACGUGGUUAAGAGACCUCCGUCCGUGUUUCAUCCCAGAUUGGACGUACGGGAUCUCGUAUAUUCGGGCAGUUCAACGGUCCAAAUCCCCUAGCUAGUGGGGACCUGUUCAUUUUAUUAGAACAAUGUAAAUAUUCAACUCUUCAGCAAAAAAGUAAUUUCCAGAAGAAAACGAAUGUCAAAUAUUAGACGUGGAGAGUUAUUGUUUGAUCACUCAGCAAUGGCCAGACGGUGUCUGGUAGGCUUUGUUCAGUGGGAAAUUUGAGCUAAGUUUCACACGUAAACGGCUAAAAACAACAAUAAUCUUUUAAUGCAGGUCUUUGUCAAAUAUCCCACUGACUCUGACUCAUGACAAAGCUGGACCAAGACAAUAAAACAUAUGCAAGUGUUGUUUUUUGGUCAAGUAGUUAAAAUUACGAAGCAGAUUGACGUAAAUCAGCAGGCUUUAGUGAUUACUGUCAGACCUUACUGUCCUGUGUUUUAUUUAAGAGUACUUACUAAAACUGUCCAGUCAUUCUUUAGAGCCAGUUCUCGAGGACAUUAGAAAGCUUUUUCAGUUUUCUAAUAAGAUUCACACAGAUGGCAAGUCACGAAAUCAUGCAAAUCUCUAGAAAACACGUGGUACCAGAGGUGUUUUAAUGCUAAGCUUAAAGACAGCUGUUGGAGAAAGGAACAGCACACUCCACCAUGUCUCUUUAGUUUCUAUCGAUUUGUAAUUACACCAAAAACAGUUACUUUGCGUUAUUUCCAUUUCAGCAGAAGAUCAGCUCUUGUAGCGUGAAGGUUUAUCAUUGUAGUUGAAAUUGUUUAAUGAAUUGAAAUUAGAAGCCAUGAAGGUUUGAGGUGGUUUAAUGAGUCAUUUUAACAUCUAUUGGCCAAAUAUGUUUAACCCUGUGGGCUCGUUAGCAAAUAUUCAAUUUCCUCCUGCAGCAAUGGUGGAUAGUCUCCAUCUUAAGUUUAUUAGUGAGCAAACGACCAGGAGGAUGAUUGAAUCUGUUCAAGAACAAUACGUUGCAAAUGACAAUCAGUUCGGAAGAAAAUGUUAAGUUUAAACAAUAGUUCCGUUUUUCCAUCUGGAUCGUUACGUUUUGAACCUCCAACCCAGGUCGUACAGAAUUAAAGAAGAAAACGGUAAACGGGCUGAUGAAUGUUAAAUGUAGGUAUAACGUUCACCACUGAGUCCUCGUGUUACUGAUUCUUCAGAGCUGUUUCACUAUAAUUCACUCGUGUGCUUCUGUCGAGCCACUCUGACCAUUAGAAUACUAGAGGACGUAAACAGUGAUAGAAACCGUUGCAGGUUGUUGCCGUUGUUGUGCCUUCAAAUGACCACUAGAGGGCAGUGAAGGGACUAGCGCAUCGUUGGCUGCAGUUUGUGUUGAAUAUAGUUUAAAUUUGUAAUUGUAGAUAAAACUUACACUAACUUUUGUAUCGUUUAUGUUACUAGUUUCAAAUAGAAGUCAAACAUGCAAUAAGCUUUGGCUUUUUCUUUGCCCGUAACUUUUUGGUUAUAAUUACCGAAACAAUCCCAAAAUACGGAAAACUUCUAACAACUUUUUCCCAAAUCGACCCGCUUUAAAAAUACACCUGAGCUCUGAAUUUCAACCAAAGUGAAAUGAAGUAAAUUUAUGCUGUACUUGUUCUGACUUGGUGCUCUAAGAAUUUGAGUUUGGGCCAAUCCGAAUGCUUGUUAGCAUAACUACUCACAUUAGCUUGUGAGCAUGCUAACCGCCCAUGAUUUCUUUAGCCUUUUUAGCUUGUACUUAUCGACUUGUCAGUUGGUUAGCAUAUCAAUCUUUACCCUUUGGCAUAAUUGCAUGUUAACCAACCAUCGUACGUUAGCGUGUUUGCUAGUUUUUAACAUGCUAACAAGCUGGACAUUUGAGUUUUAGAAAUGUGCCUUGCAACGACAGAAUUACUAACUCAAUAACACAGAGGUUAGAGCCGGGUAUUGUUCGCUUGGAUUUAAAGUCUAACCAUUCAUUCAAAAGGUAUGAAAGCUAAAGUAUCAGUCGUUUUGCACCUUGAAACCUGUAGAUGUGAAUGUCAGAGAUUGACUACCUCAAACCAGAAGGACAUUACCUCGGGUCAUGUUUAACGGCCAGUGCCCAGAAUUCCUGUUUUAAAGAGGAUUAAGUUCAGCAUCAAAUAUAAAACUUCUUUAGGUAGCAGUGGUACGACCACAUGAAAAAGCCACCUACAGAUCAGUCACACCUAACAACCCAGGCACAAUUUCUAACGAGAAUCCCUGGCUUCUACUGAAUCAUUUCGUACCAUUAGUGUCACAUUUCGAGCAGCUUUCUGCAUUACUGUCUGUCCAUUGGUGUUAACUGCAGUUUGAAUCUAAAACUUUCAUAUUUAUCCAAGUCCAAAACUACGUGGCAAGGCUAAAUACAAGCUAAACCAUUGGGAAGCGCUAACAUGCUAAUGUUCCUAGCGUGUUCCUUCCUGUCGUGUUGGCGUUUACAUGUACCUAUGCAGAAUCUUUAGCAGAUCUGUUGUAUUUCCACUCUGAGAGUGCCUGUAUUAUAAAUCUGAUUUGUUUGGACCACGUUGAGCACGGUCAGUUCAUUCCUUCUGCUCUCCUUUACAAACCCAGCACUUUAGUUUUAAAGUUCUUUGUAAAAGAAAAAAAACCUGUCGAUGCCUUAAAUUGGUGGCGAUACCCAGCCCACGUAGAGCGGACGGCCGAGUUAAGGGUUGUGAUCCUGUCACUAAGUUAUUAGCAGGAGUGUUUUUAAAGAGACGAAGAACAAUAAUGGUGCUAUGCUCCCAUUGCUGCGGCCCGCAGGCCUCUUUGUUGUAAAAUGAUUUAAGAUCCCAACAGUUUGACAGGAAAAGCUGUUAGCUUAAAGCUUGUUUACAUUGAGUCUUAUGUAGCACACGUCCUUCUCACCUCUGAGAGGUUUGUAUGACCGAAGUUGACUGCAGCGUAGCACAGCCAGGUGUCAAAGCGAGGAGUUGCCCACAGUUUAAUGUGGUUUGAGUGUGAGUGUGUGUGUGUGUGUGUGUGUGUGUUGUGUGGAAAGGUUCUUCCAGGUAUGAAACUGUUGUUUUUAUGAUUUGAUUUUACUUUGUUUUCUGGGACCAGGUGGAGUUUUGUUACCAGCAACUGUAGGAUUCAGCUGUUUGCACUCGGGAGUUCUCGAGUCUACCUUCGCUGCUAGUUUGUGUGAUUUAUCGAGCAUUUCUGGGAAAUAUUUAUUUUUAUAAGCCUAACGCAAAAGUUGAUAUUUUACAAAGUGACUUGACCAAAAGACAGUAAACAAAAACACUGGCACUUGAAUGUUGAAUGUCAUUGGUAUGAGUGAAAAUUUCUAUUUUACUGGGGUAGUGUGAGCUUUUUAAUGUUAAAGAUGAGUAGGGUGUUUCAGCUGCGUGUGUCACUGACUUCUGCUCUUACUGGUGCCAAAAUCAGCCAACGGACCACCACCCGGGCACAUUGCUCCUGUAACACCUCAAACUUCCCAUUUUCUCCAGUUGCAUCAGAAACUAGAACGUUUUUCACAUUCAUGGUCGGGAACAGGACUCCGUUCCAAACCCAACGUUACUAAAGGAUAGUCUUGGUGUUUAAAACGGACUCCGUGCUGCAUGAAGCUGAAGGUAAGGCACCGGCUGUGACAUACGAAGGGAAGCACCCUAACCAUGUUACCUUUAAAGUCCCAUUUCUGAUCCAUAAACCUGUUGGUGCAACGGGUUCUUCUGCCGCCUAAAUAUUACGUUAUGAUCGUCCGUUAGGAGCAGUUAAUAAUUGGCAAACAAAUUAGAAAAACAACUAAAUAUGCCAAGGUUUGGAUUAAAAAUGUUAUGAUCAAAGACCAUUUUAUAAAAAAGCAACAUGCAGUACAAAAAACCACAAAAAAAAAACUGAAACGUGUAUCCAGAUUCUCCCCGAGUCAGUUUUCUGUUUCAUUUUUCUUUUCUGUUUGAAAUCUCGACACUUUCCUCCUUGUUGAAAACCCUCGUUGUGAAUGUCUGGCAAGUGGCCGUCUUUAGUCUUCAUCCUGCAGAAUUAACUGUGGUUCUAUUGCUCUGUUGUUGUGGUUUUCCAGGCGGCAGCGUGUUAGUGCUGUCACAGGAAGUUUCUGGCCAGGCAGGAAAAAAAAUGUCUUUGUUUCUGAGCAAACCUUAACGGCAUCUUAGUUUCUCCUAAAGAAGGUGGUCUUUGGGGAAAGAAGUGAAGACCAGCGGACUCUAGAGCUGCUGGCCAGACCCUCGAUGUGACUCAGCAGUAGCACUAGCCUGGUAGUUAGUAUUUGCUUUAUGUAUUAGUUUAGCUGUUGUGCACGACGAGCACUGCACGAAGAAAAAAAGGAUAAAAACAAAAACUGUGCAACUAUUCCGAUUUUACCACAAAUAAAGGUUUGAAUUUGCAGAUGUGA